UUUUAUCGUGAUUAUAUCGCGACAAUUUAAAAAAGAUAUGACGAAACAUUGUGAGGUACUUAAUUGUCCAAAUCGAAAUAAAGGAAAAGACAAGAUUCAUGUGUUUAGUUUUCCGCAAAUAGAAAAUAUAGCAGCUAAAUGGAUUGAAGCAACCGGACGGAAAAAAUUUAUACCUAACAAAUACAGUGCAAUUUGUGAUAUCCAUUUUAAAUCAGAAGAUUUCAGCAACACUACAAGAAGAGUACGUUUAAAACCAGAUGUAAUACCUACUAAAAAUUUAAUAAACAAUUGUACAAGUUCAGAAAAAGUGAAAACAAUUAUAAAUGAAGUAAGAAAGCAA